UGUGGUUGAUGAGACAGCCGAGGCGCUGGGCAGCAACCUGGCCAGCAUGGACAAGCAGGGCUCGCGGCUCAGCAAGUACCGCAAGCAGGCGUGGGGCACGACCGGAAUCACGUGGCUGGCGGUGCUGGUGGUUGUAUCAGUGUUCUUUAUGCUGGUGCUGUUCAUGAGAAUAGCGCCCAAGCGGUAUUAGCUGUUGUUUACAAAAAAGGACGCGUUCCCUUCUUUGGGCCAGCGCACAGCAUGGAGCGGCAUGGGGAGGGAGGCGAGGGGCCGGGAUGGAGAAGAUCGCUGGUGGCCCGGUACAUGGUCAUUUGGGGGAAUGGCAAGGUCGAGCCAACAAUCGGAAGGCCACUGGCGUUCGGCCGCUGCUGAUGCUGAUGGUGGUGCUGGUGCCGACGCUGCUGGUGGUGUGAGUGUGUUGCGCAUCAUGGGAGCUGCAGCGACAUACGGCUGCUGGCUGCGUGCGGGCGGUGGAGGAGGGCUGGCUCAGCGCGUGGUCCCUCUCCUCUGCGCGGCUGGUGGGGGAUUUGCCUUGCGAGCGGCCAAAGGGACGCGCCGCUUGCAAGUCAGAUGCACCUUUCCCGGACACCGCUCGUGUCAAAAGGCGCUGCAGACGCCGCCCUUGCCAAUUCGGAAUGGACGGGGAGCCCGCUGCGUGCUGGCCAGUGGUGGUGGGGGCAUGAGUUCAGAGCCCUCUUUCACAAUGGCGUCCCAUUCUCGCCUGCGUGUUUUUGUUGGCUGGGCAUUUCUUUUUGCUUUGGCAAUAAACGGGCGGACUCGCCCUUAUUUUCGAGAAAAUCUUCUAUUUUUUGUCGCUCUGUGCCAGUAUCGCCUUUUUCACGCAACCUUUACUUUUUUUCGUUGGCCUUCCCCCUCCUCUCUUCCUCGCACCCGCCUUCCUCUUUUCCUCUGCACCCCCUCUUUCUCUUGUAUAUCCUCCAACCUCCUCCUCCUUCCACCCUCUGUUAUUUGCCACCAGCUUUUUGCAGCCUAGAAUCGGUUCCUUCUAAUUACUUCAGCUCGCUUGCAUUCU